CAUCACUCUGAAGCGGACCUCUAAGGGAGGUUCAAUACGGACGUCGCAUACCUGACCGUAUCCCGAGGGAGCAUCACUUUCAAGCAUUCUCAUAUGACUGCUCAGUUACUUCAGGGCAGAAUUGCCAUCGUUACAGGAGGUGGAGGUGGCAUUGGCAGGGCAACAUGCCAAAUUCUGGAGAGGGAAGGGGCCAUUGUAGUUGCUUGUGAUAUAAAGGAAUCGACUGCAGUGGAGACUAUCAAUCUGUUAAAAGAUCCAAGCAAACACUUGGCCUUGAUGACUGAUGUCUCGAAAGCGGACUCAGUAGAAGAGGCAAUUUCUGCCGUUGUUGCAAAAUACAAGUCUCCUCCGACACUGCUCGUCAAUUCGGCCGGAGUGACCGGCUCCGGAAACCUGAAGUCCCUCGAGGAGGAAGCGUUUAAGAACUGUAUUGAUGUGAAUUUGAAGGGAACGUAUCUGAUGUGUAAAGCCGUAGCCAACACCAUGGAGGAACACGGAUUAAAGAGCGGGAGUUUUGUGAACAUCGCUAGCAUCACUGGCGUCCUCGGCAUGAAAAGUAACUCCGGCUACUCCGGCAGUAAAGGUGGAGUCCUCGCUUUCACCAAAGCUGUCUCGAAGGAAUUGAUUCAUGAUGGAAUCCGCGUGAACAGUAUUAUCCCUGGUCCGAUCCAGACUGGCAUGGUUCCGUUUGAUGCAGAAACCGUCAGCAGGGUAAUGAGAAAGGAAUCGCCCAUUGGCCGCAUUGGCCAGCCAGAGGAAGUAGGAGAGGUGGCUGUAUUCUUGCUGUCAGACAGGAGCAGCUACAUGGUUGGGUCGUCCGUUGAGGUGACUGGCGGAUAUGUAUGCUGAAAGCCUUUUGCAUGACGUAACGAUGUUGCCAAUGGAUGAACGCUGUGGGACAUCCUGGUAGCAACUGCGUCACAUCGAAAACGCCUCGUUGUAAUCAUAGAUAUAGAGGGGAGAGAUUGGACAGACAAGUGAUGAUUGCAUGCACGUAAGGCGCCAUUGUUAUGUGAUGAUUCCGAGAGAUGGCAGCAGCAGCGACUGCAGAGACCAGCAGCCCCAAAACCACUUCCGGCACCCAGUGCUGGGCCAUCAACUGUGUUCCAUACAGAAACAGGCUCACACAAGCAUAAGGGGAUAUUAUUUCACAAACCUCAAGUAAACAUGUUACAUCACAACCAGCUUUCAGUCAACUACGAGCUGCUUUUUGAGCUAAUAAAAUAUAAAUGUUG